CAGGAAAGGGAAAGAAGAAGGAGCGCGCGUGCCGCGAGGAAAACCGACAGACCGACCGACUGCCCAAGCUCGCCCGCUCGCUCGCUCGCUCCGGGAGCCGAGCGCGGCUAAUCUGUACGGAGACAGCAGGCCCGCGCCGAUUGGGUCGCUCGUGCACGGAGGGGCGGGGCUUGCGCGGCACCUCGGAGGGCGGAGAGGGAUGCGGAGACAAUAGGGCAGCAGCAGCAGCGAUACAGCCGAGCGGCGAAAGUGGCGGCUGGACGACGGACCGUCAUUCGGCUGCAGUCAGACAUCGGGAGUGCGCGCACCGGGACAGCGCCCCUGCAUGCAUAUUCACGAAGGAAGACGACGAGGCGGAUAAUCUUCAGUCACACGUCACUCCACUUGGAGAAGCAAGAUGAGCUCGUCACCUUUGGUGUCCCGCGCGCCCAUCGACAUCCUGGAGGAGCUGCAGCUCAUCGCGGCCCAAAAUCUGGAGAAGGUGGAGGUCAGCAAGUACUACGAGGUGAUGAGGGAGCUGGGCAAGGGCACCUAUGGCAAGGUGGACCUGGUCAUUCACAAGAUCAGAGGCACAAAAAUGGCCCUCAAGUUCCUGAGAAAGAAAACCACAAAGCUGAAGAGCUUCCUGCGCGAAUACAGCAUCUCACUGUACCUGUCGCCCUGCCCCUUCAUCAUCAACAUGUUUGGCAUCGCCUUCGAGACCGAUGAGUACUACGUGUUUGCCCAGGAGUACGCGCUGGCAGGCGACCUGUUUGACAUCAUCCCCCCCCAGGUGGGUCUUCCAGAAACGGUGGCCAAGCGGUGCGUUCACCAGGUUGCCAUCGCGCUGGACUAUCUGCACUGUAAGAAGCUGGUGCACCGCGACAUCAAGCCCGAAAACAUCCUCAUCUUUGACAAGGAGUGCCGCAAAGUAAAACUGUCCGACUUCGGCAUGACCCGGAGGGCGGGCUCGCCAGUCAAAAGGGUGAGUGGCACCAUCCCGUACACGGCCCCCGAACUCUGCGACGCCUCCAAGCACGACGGCUUCUGUGUGGAUUACAGUACAGACGUGUGGGCCUUCGGGGUGCUCCUCUUCUGCAUGCUGACUGGCAACUUCCCCUGGGAAAAGGCCCUGCCCUCGGACACCUUCUAUGAGGAGUUUGUGCGGUGGCAGAGGCGCCGCACGGGCACGCUGCCCUCACAGUGGCGCCGCUUCACGGACGAGGCCUUGCGCAUGUUUCGCAAGCUGCUCUUCCUGGAGCCCGAGAGGCGCUGCACGGUGAAGGAGGUCUUCAGCUACUUCAACCACUGCUGGAUGCUGGACAACGAAAGUGGGGGCCACCUGACCGACAUCAGCUCCUCUUCCUCGGAGGAAGACCUGGUUGACCGCAUGAAGCAGCAGACCCUGUCGCCGGUCUGCGGCAUCGCAAAGAGCAGCAUCAUCAUGGAGACGUCGCCCCACUUCUCCUCCGUGUCCACCGCCAGCUCCCUGUCGUCCACCAGCAGCUACGAGCGUGUGACCCGCGAGACCACCGGCAGCCGCAUCCUGGUCGCCACCCCCAUCGAGAUCUGCGUGUAGGGGGGGCUCGGCGCCCACUGCAUUCUCAUAAGCAUCACCUCCAGAGCCGAGCAUUCAUCUCUCCAGGACUAAAACCGGCAAACGGCACAGAACAAAACUUGACUUUCUUUCUCUUUAAAAGGGCAAAUCUGAAGAUUUCUGACGUUGUGGAUCUCUUAUGACGAUGUGGACCUGAAAUGGGCGCUCAGGACCCCCUCACUGCGAAAAGUGAUCUUUCCAGCAACUCUGCGUCUGAAUUGUUACAGUUGACCAAAACUUUAUUUCUUAAAGCAAUACGUUAAAGAUUUUCCUGCAAAAAAAAAAAAAAUCCAACGUGAUUUGGACGCACCGGGAAUGGCAUCUCGGAAAAGAGCAAAAAAAAAAA